AUGGGCGAUAGUAAUUUCUACUACGUAGCCGUAACUAUUUUGCUAAUUGUUACAGCAAUGUAUUGGCUAUCCAGCGCAGUACGUUUUUACGUCAGACUCGGAUGUUUUACCCUAAUCGUUAUAAUUCUAGCCAAUGUUGUAUCGAUCAUCGCUCUAGUAUAUCCCCGUAAUUUAAACAGUUAUUAUAUAUCAAAGUUCUUUGGUAUUCCGUUAUUGUGGUUACUUAAACCAAUAUUAAAUAUAAAGGUUAAGGCUCGCGGUUUGCAACAUUUCAAGCAAUGUCAAAGCCCUUAUAUAAUCGUUUGCAACCAUCAAAGUUCGCUAGAUCUUUAUCCAUUGCUUCGAAUUGUUCCACCAAAAACGGUUGCUGUAGCUAAGAAAGAAUUACUCUAUACACCAAUAAUCGGACAAGCAGCAUGGCUUACCCAUACCGUUUUCGUUGAUCGUGGAGAUCACGCCAGUGCUGUAGAAACUCUAAAUAAAGUUAUACAAGAAAUGAAAAAGAAAUCGUUUAAUUUAUGGGUAUUCCCAGAAGGGAAGAGAAAUCAAACUGGUAAAGGAAUGUUACCGUUUAAAAAAGGAGCUUUUCACAUAGCUCUUAGAGCACAGAUACCUAUUGUGCCCGUUGUAAUUCGACCUUAUGAGCAAUUCUAUAAUCGAAAGGAAAAGAAGUUGAGACGAGAAGGUAACAUGUAUGUGACGGUCUUGGAUCCAAUCGACACGGAAGGAUUAAGCUUAGAUGAUACUGGAAGUCUGGCCGAAAGUACGCGACAAAAGAUGCUGGAAGUCCUACAAGAAUCAGAUGAUAAUAUGUAA